GGCGCAUGUGACUAAAAGCGAUGCAAAGUCAUGCUCCAUCCGCCUCGACAACACCGGCGUGCGCAAGCCAGGCGUGUGUCCACGACUGCUGUAGCCGACUGGAGAAAGUUCUAGAGAAAUGGGAGAUUCGCAUGGCUGCAUUUGAGGAGAAGCUGGAAGCCCUUCCUGACCGACUGUGUCGGGCUGUGGAAGGUCAGCCUCCUUCCAAAUCCACCGUUCAACACGUCCAACACGCCAUGCAACAGGGUAUGCGAGCGUUUCUGGAAGCCAUGACAAUCCCCAGUCGCUCUGCUCCUACUUAUCCAUCCACUUCUCCGCCGCCAUCGCCACUUGAACCUGUCGUGGCAGUUCCCCAGGUUGUGCCAUCGCCACCUCAACUGCUGCGUACGUCCAGCGCCCACAAGGCGAGCAUCGCGAACCUCAUGUCGUCAUUCAAUACGUCCCUUCCAACUUCACCGUCUACUCCCGUUGCAGAGACGGCAAUAACGCAUGAAACGUCCCAACCACCCAUCGCCCACAUCCCGCAAACAUUACCCGACAAGCCGCGACUUCCAUUCGAACCCCCCCGACCGCUUUACGACGUCCGUCCUCGCAUUGCGUCAUCCAUCCAAUUCGCUCUCAACUCUUUGACCGACGACGAAGUCGAGCCGACAUCGCCAGAACGAAAGAAGCAGCCACUAUCUCAUACGCGUCAGCAACAGCCCCCACCAAGCCGCCGAUCGUCGCACAGCUUCCUCACGCCUACGAAAUCAGGUGUCACGCCAGUUUCCGUCAGUUGCACACCACACGCGCUCUAUGACCGUCCUCAAGAGAGCUCAUGGCACCCGAUCAAGACCGAGUCGCAGUCUCCCUCACGACCGACGUUCAAAUGGUCUGACGGCACUGUUCGGAGCGCUCCCGAAAAAUGGGAAUUUCCGUCGACGACGUGCCGAAUCAUGUGGCAGCAUUGGUUUCUCGGGGACGCCACGGUUGGGAUCGGUCCGUUUCGGCGCCUCACGAGCUGGGACAUCGAGCGCUUUGCUAGAGACAACACAAGUUACAAGCAGUUAUCUCGGGCUCGCACGGUCAUGAAUAAACUCGUAGAGAUCGCGGUGGACCACGCGCUGCUGACAAGCGCCGACGAAAUUGAAGGCGUCGCGUCCGCCGCCGACUUGGACGCGCUCUUCGUCAAGACAUUUGAGAAAUUUCUUGAAACCAAUCCAUGCGACGUCGCCGGCAGCAAACUGCGCUCGGAAAAGGCAUGGACGUACACGUAUUCUUCCCUGCACACGUUGAUGGCCCCGACGUCUCGGAAACGGAAGCAUCAAGCAACAGAACCCCCGCCACUGCCCAUCGCGCCACCAUUUCAAUUGCCGCUGCAGUCGACGACGGCACACACCAACAACUCGUCGUAAUUUAUCUGUCGUUCUUCUGGCGCCCCCCGUCAUGUUGUGUG